UCGGGUGUGGGUGUUGCUCAGCAGCAGCGAAUGAGGGCGUGGGGUGGUGUUUCAAGACUCGCGCAUGCGCACCGCCGCCUACCUGCGCCUGGGUCGCCGGUGACCGGGGCCAGGUUCGCCGGCUGGGCUAAGGUUGCGGAGAAGGCGGAGGGUGGCGCGGCGGCGGCGCGGCGGGAGAGCGCCGACUCCCGGAGGCCGCCGUCGGGGCGAGGUGUCCUCAUGACUUCUCUUGUGGACCAUGUCCAUGAUCCUUUUUGCCUGUGUGGUUAGGGUGAGGGAUGGACUGCCCCUCUCGGCCUCCACUGACUUUUACCACACCCAAGAUUUUCUGGAAUGCAGGAGACGGCUCAAGACUUUAGCCUUGCGACUGGCCCAGUAUCCAGGUCGAGGUUCUGCAGAAGGACUUGACUUCAGUAUCCAUUUCUCUUCUUCGAGGGACGUAGCCUGCAUGGCUAUCUGCUCCUGCCAGUGUCCAGCAGCCAUGGCCUUCUGCUUCCUGGAGACCCUGUGGUGGGAAUUCACAGCUUCCUAUGACACCACCUGCAUUGGCCUAGCCUCCAGGCCAUACGCCUUUCUCGAAUUUGACAGUGUCAUUCAGAAAGUGAAGUGGCAUUUUAACCAUGUAAGUUCCACCCAGAUGGAGAGCAGCUUAGAAAAAAUUCAGGAGGAACUCAAGUUUCAGCCUCCAGUGGUUCUCACUCUGGAGGACACAGAUGUGGCUAACGGGGUGAUGAAUGGUCACCCACAGAUGCACUUGGAGCCUGCUCCUAAUUUCCGAAUGGAACCUGUGACAGCCCUGGGCAUCCUCUCGCUUAUUCUCAACAUCAUGUGCGCUGCUCUGAACCUCAUUCGUGGAAUUCACCUCGCAGAACAUUCUUUACAGGUUGCACGUGAAGAAAUUGGAAAUAUUCUGGCUUUUCUUAUUCCUUUUGUAGCCUGCAUUUUCCAGGUGGGUGAAACGUUGAUGUUUUAGUGAGUGGGUUAAACCCAUGGCCUUAUUUUGUUCUGUUGGAACCAUCAACAAGUUCCUAGAUCCUGCUUUUGUUCCACCAAGGCCUUGGUUCAAAUCAUGGAUAUAGUACGAGCCCUUAGUGGAAGGACCCUCCACUCAUCCUGCCCAAUCCUCUCAUUUUACAGAGAAAAGACCUUUGGGCUCAGAAAGGGAAAGCCACUUGUCCUAGGCCUCAGGGCCUUUGACAGUGCAGGACAGAAACCAGGAAUUUGAACUGGGCUCCCAAGAAGUGAGGGAUGAGACUGCAGUGGGGAUUGGGUUGGGCCUGACCAGUAUGAGGCAGGGUCCUGCCUCGUGCUUGUUGUCGGGGCGUCCAAGUAAAGAAAUGUCCUUCUGCAGAAGUGACACCUAUGUAUAUGUGUUUCUUUUCAAACACAGGACUAGGUUAAAAAAUUUGUUGUUUUUAAUAGUAAUACCAUCUGAGUCAAAUCUGUCCUUAGGAAAUGAAACAAAAAUUAUAACACUAACUAGAGCCCUUUGAUAAUUAGUUAUUUUCAAAUAAGCUAUGUACUUAAGGAGUGGGGUAAAAAGGAGCUUUUGAAUCCCCUAUAGGCAGAGUUAAUUCUAGUAAAAACCUGACUCUCUUUCCUCAUCCGCCACAUGGACUAGGAUUUUAGUACCUCUUCUGCAUGUUUAAGCUUCUUCUUAUUCUUUUUUUUUUUUUAAAUUAAAAGUUCUGUUCUCAGGGCACUUCUUCUCUCUCCUGCAUACAUCCUAGAUGGCCUGUUUUUAAGAAUUACCUGAUUUUGCAAAAAGAAAUUUUCAUCCCAAGAUUGAAAAUGCACUCAUUUUUUUAGAAAACAAGUCUCUAAGACCUUGGGUGUUGCCAGGAGACGUUUCCUGGAGCCUGCAUUUCAGGGCUGCAGGUCUCUUACAG